CUCACACAAUUAGACACAGAUUCACAUUUUCUGCGUUGAAAACUCGACACUCUCUCCAUCUUUCUUCCUUCUCUUACCUUUCCUCUCCAAUGGCUGACCCUUCUCCCAAACCCGUUCCUCUGCUGAAGGACGAGCUCGACAUCGUGAUCCCCACGAUCCGAAACCUCGACUUCCUCGAGAUGUGGCGGCCAUUCUUCGAGCAGUACCACCUCAUCAUCGUUCAGGAUGGUGAUCCCAAUAAGAUCAUCAAAGUCCCCGAAGGCUUUGACUACGAGCUCUACAAUCGCAACGAUAUCAACAGGAUCUUGGGCCCCAAGGCCAAUUGCAUCUCCUUCAAGGACUCUGCUUGUCGCUGCUUCGGCUACAUGGUCUCCAAGAAGAAGUACAUCUACACCAUCGACGACGAUUGCUUCGUUGCUAAGGACCCUUCUGGAAAAGAUAUCAAUGCACUCGAACAGCACAUUAAGAAUCUGCUAAGUCCAGCCACUCCAUUUUUCUUCAACACCCUUUAUGAUCCUUAUAGAGAAGGUGCUGAUUUCGUCCGUGGAUACCCUUUCAGUCUUCGUGAGGGUGCCCCCACUGCUGUUUCUCACGGUCUCUGGCUCAACAUACCUGAUUAUGAUGCACCAACACAGCUUGUCAAACCCCGAGAGAGGAACACCAGGUAUGUUGAUGCUGUUCUUACCAUUCCUAAAGGAACAUUGUUCCCUAUGUGUGGUAUGAAUCUGGCCUUCGAUCGUGAGCUGAUUGGACCUGCAAUGUACUUUGGACUCAUGGGAGAUGGUCAACCUAUCGGACGAUACGAUGAUAUGUGGGCUGGUUGGUGUGUUAAGGUUAUCUGUGACCAUUUGGGGUUGGGAGUGAAGACGGGGCUUCCAUACAUAUGGCACAGCAAAGCAAGCAACCCAUUUGUGAAUCUGAAAAAGGAGUACAAAGGCAUCUUCUGGCAAGAAGAGAUCAUUCCCUUUUUCCAAAGUGCCACCCUCCCAAAAGACUGCACCUCUGUCCAAAAAUGCUACAUUGAACUUUCGAAGCAAGUGAAAGAGAAGCUUGGUGCUGUUGAUCCCUACUUCAACAAGCUUGCAGAUGCCAUGGUCACUUGGAUUGAAGCUUGGGAUGAGCUUAACAACAACACCUCUGAACAAACUUCUUCAAAGCAAGCCAAUGGGGCUGCCAAGUGAUCCAAUCUAAUACCCUUUAAAACUUGCGGACUUUUCUUUUCAUUGGAGUAGUUUCUUCCUUGUCAGCUUUCGCUCAUCAUUUUUUUUAUAAUGCAAGAUUAUAGACAACUUUAUUGAUAUUCAUGUCACCAUUAUUACUAUUUAUAUAUUAUUAUAUUAUUAUUAUUA